AAUUAACCCCCCGGGUUAUCAUGGUUAUGUACUCUUGAUUGUUGAUUGUCGAUAUCCAUGAUCGAUGUGUACGUGUCGCGUCGUCAGGUUGACUCGGCCGCCGGCGGUGCCGCACCGCUGCAUGCAGGUGGACGAUUCUUUGAGAAGAUUUCAUGAGUUGAAUGGUAGUGAAAGAGAAGCCAAAGGAGAACUAACAUAGACAGGUCUAUAUCUACAACUGGGGGUAGAGUCAGAAUUUGCUGUCCUGCAGAUCAGCAUGGCAGAAUCCAGAAAGUAGAGUUACUUCAGAUGUAAACACAACUCAAAGAUGUUGAAUGGAGCGUGAAUGGCAGGUCAUUUUCAUGCAGCGGUGCAGACACGAGUAAGAUUUCGUCUCGUGAAUAUCACGACGCCCACGUUAUAGUCCUACGGUUUCUCUUGCAGCAUUGCUUUAUACACGGGGCCACCAGGAACGCUGCACUGCUGCUGUCCGUUGCAUUGUCCGGACUUGCUACGGGAGACACUGACGACCCAGUGCAGCGGGAAUAGCACAAUGCUCUUGCAGUUCCAGGCUGUCGGCCAGCACGUUUUCCUUGCCGGGUGACGUGGCAGUCAGGUACUUUCUGUGUGACGGUCAUGGCUGGCUCAUCUGGCAACACAACAGACGGCUGGCAAGUAAAGUAGCGGGAUCAUAACGCAGACGUCACUUUCCACACUGACAGCUACUAGUCUGCACAAGUGCUUGGGGCAUGGGGAAUAAUAGCGGCGCUGCGUCAUGCCCGAGGCUGCUUAGCUCCGUGGUGUCGCGCCACGCCUGCCAUCUUGUCUGCAUCGCUGUGUUAUCAUCCAUUACUCUCCUCCUCUGGUGGACGAGCAGUGGUAUGCUGCCGCUAUGGGCAACGACAAUGACUUCGGGCAGGCUGCUCGAGCCCGUGGAGGAACCUCCUCGGGCAACUCUUCUCCACGGCGGCUUAGCCAGCGCGAUUGCCCCGCCGUGCCUGGCCCGCUCUAGCAAGGCUACUAGUGAGCUACUCGUCAUCGGUGACUGGGGUGGCAGGGGAAGAUCACCGUACAUGACCCCCGUGUCUCGCGCCGUGGGUGUCGUGUCCGGCCAGCUAGCGCAGGCACUGAGCGCCGUGGCAGUCCUGUCGCCUGGGGACGCGUUCUACCCCAGCGGCGUGAAGAAAGUGAACGACUUCAGAUUCAGAGUCACGUUUGAGGAGCAGUUCUCUCACCCAUCGCUACAGAUUCCCUGGUACAUGGCCUUGGGUAACCAUGACUACGAGGGUAAGCUCAAGCCGUUGAUGGAGUACGGCAAAACGUCCCGGCGCUGGAAUCUGCCUUCGCUCUACUACAGCCAUGUCUUUUCGAUGAACCUCUCAGAGUCUAGCUCUGUCACAUAUCAAAUACUGUUCCUGGACACCAAUCGCCUGGUUCGUCAAUUCAAGCGCCUUCCUGAGCGGGACUCCGACCAGUGGGAUUGGAUCUCAGACCAGCUAGCGAGCAGCACAGCCGACUGGAUAUUUGCAGUCGGCCAUCACCCGAUUUACAGCGUCGCCGACAGAGGCACAAACCCGAUCCUUGUUCAAGAGCUCCUGCCUCUCUUGGACCGCCACGGCGUAGCACUGUAUUUCUCCGGGCACGACCACAACUUACAGCAUGUGCGUACAUCGAAUCACAGUGUCGAGAUGUUUGUCGUGGGUGCUGGUAGUUACACGACGGCAAGUAUGGCGCACAAGGCAACUGUUCCGAUUGAAUUCUUGAAGUUCCACAGUGGUGCCUGGCAACGAGGUGGCAUAGCAUCCGUGUCUGUCGGUGGCUGUGCGAGCACGGUGACACUGCACCAUGUCAAUCCCACAACAAAUCCUCCUAGUGCCACAAUUGCAUACAGCUAUACAGUGGCCAACCCGCGCAAGCGACCGGCCUGCUGUGUACCGGAGACAUGAGCGUCCAGCCUUACUGCUGGAUGGAGAUCGACGCUACGUUGAACGGACACGUGCCCGUGCAGACUUAAAUAGCCAUCUUGAGUUUACCAUUAUUUAUUCGCUUUCCAAUUGAGUUGCCCCUCCCCCAUGCUGUCAACACUGCACUGUCAUCACAUACCCAGGCAUCAUCACCCUGCUGUUGUUAGGAAUCUCCAUGGUCGACACUACACUAGUAGUAAAGCCUCUUGGACGAGCAGAAUGAAUUGCACAUAAUUAUCAUCAAACAAAUCCAGUAAACUACUACGAAGUAUAAAAUCAAUUUAAACACUAGUAUGUCAAUUGGAACACAAAAUAAGACACUACUCUAGUAGCCCAUAGCAUUUGAUCAAAGGAGGAACAGCGUUCUCUAUUCUCCUGGCCUCGGUGCUUCGAAGCUUCUCAAACGUGUUUCUUUCACGAUCCUACAGCUGAUGUGCAUGUACCGCAAAGGCUUACUUGUAUGUGAAAACUAUAAUAAUAAUAAUAAUAAUACGAAGUGUCAAGUAAAGUCGGCGGAAUAGCGCGAGCUCCAGUGUGGGGAGCAAACCCUUUCUUAAUAAUAAUAAUAAUAUAUUAUAAUUAUUAUCUUCGACCAGUACUAUUCCCAGUUCAACCAGUUGAACAAUAGAUCAGCACGUAUACAAUGUAUCGGUACGUGUACAAUGCUGAGAUUUUCAACCCCAAACUAUCACACGAUGUGUCCGCAACACAGGAUACGACACUCUGCGUCUCUAGUCUUCUACUCUGUACUCUGCUGCUUGUCUACAAACAUUUAGAAUACAUUACAUGUACUGGUGUUUUCUUCAUGAAAUAUUCAGUGAGCUGGAUAUCAAAUUCAUUUCGAAGCGAAUGUGGUUUAGCUUCCAGGCCAGGGAGCUUAUGUAA